AUGAAGCUCUUCGCCUGCGGAGUUGAAAAACCAGAAGUUGUUGCUCCUCCACCAGAGUUGAAGAAAACCCCAAUGACAACCAAACAAUCCGACCCCUGCUUUCGCCUUGUCGAGCUCAGCUACCAAGCAGAAAUGGUAAAACUUCAGGAAGAAAUCGAAAACCUCAAGGAACAGAAACGCACUCUCGUCAUCAAGAACCGACAAAAACGACUCAGCCGAAAGAUCAGAAAGGCGAACAUCGAGAAAGAAGCAAAUUCUUCAUCUGGUGUUUCUUCAAUGGACUCUUCAAGCGACCUUGAUGUUCUUUUUAUUUGCUGA